AUGUCCAAAUCCAAGGCUCAGAAGCGCAAGCGACAGGCUCAGGCUGCAGCUUCGAGCGGGCCUCCGUCUAAAGUCACAAAGACUACGACCGUCGAAGUCUCCAAUGGUGGACGUUCACCCACCGCUACCACCAUCCUGGCGCCCUCGAACCUGCACACUGUCAUCUCGGACGAAGAGCUCGAAAUCACCGUCGAGACACUAGAAACCCUAUCCCAAUACCCGAGUCUGAUCAAGGGAAAGUCUUGUAAGGACUUGCGCGUGGCUGUGUACGACUUUCGCAAAGCAUCGACAACCGGCAACAAUGCAUCGACUGACGGAGGCAACCUUACUUCGCGGAUCACCGCGGCAUUGGCCGACGAAAAGUACCUGGAUGCUAGGAUUCUACUGGCAGAAAUGAGGAUCAGGUCAGAGGAACCGAAGCUCGGUGCUCUUUGUCGAUGGGUCAGGGAUCUGGACGUGAUCAGCCGAUUAUCUACUGUCAGGUCCGCCGAGGACGCCGCGCCCGCCGUCCGAAGCGACAACGAGCGUGAUCUGCUCAAUGUUCUCGAUGCUGUUCUUCGUACAGUUGGGCCGAUCGACUCGAAUCCGGCAGCUGUCACCCACCCGACAUCGCAGGUAGUCCUCCAGGACAUAUGGGACCUUCGACCGUCCACGCCCAGCGAGCAGGUGCACGCCGCCGUACAGAAUGGGACAAUUUUCGAUACCCUGCAGAAGGACAAAAUCUCUUCUCUAUUGCGCAUAAUUGAAACAACGCCAGCUCUUGAGCGCAAACCACCCAACCAUCACGACGCCAUUCUCUACACCACCGCGCCAGACGCUGUGUUGCUUUCGCAGACUCCAGAGACGCCAAUCAUCCACGAGCCGCAUCCCGUUGUUCCCGGACUGAGUCUCGCGAGGAACCUCCUCUCACCGCAUGAAUGCAAGUCCAUCAUUGCUGCAGGAGAGGCUGCCAAUUUUGUGCCCGACGCACCCAUCCGUGACGACGGCCAGGUCAGCAUCCUCGCGCAUAACUUCUACUGGGUCAUCGAUACGGCAUUCCAUGAUAAGCUGUGGGCUCGCAUCGCCCCGUACGUGCCUUCCUCAAUCAACGGUCGCCAAGCCAGGGGCAUCAACCGCAGAUUCCGAGUAUAUCGGUACGUCCCAGGUGCAGAGUACCGGUGCCACAUUGACGGUGCUUGGCCACCAUCUGGCAUCUUGCCCAAUGACAAGUAUGUGUACGAUGCAUCACCCCCUGGCAAGAAGCAGAGUUCUCUGUUCACCUUUCUCCUGUAUCUCAAUGACGAGUUUGAAGGCGGCGAGACCACGUUUUUCUUGCCGUCUGCCAAGGAGGGGACGCUCAAUGCGUACCCCGUGCGGCCGGUCAUGGGCGCUGUCGCCAUUUUCCCUCACGGCGAGACCAAGGGCGCUCUUCUGCACGAGGGCACUGGCGUGAGGAAAGGUGCCAAGUAUAUCAUUCGUUCGGAUGUCGAAUACGAUGUCGAGCCGACGGUGGGCGUUGAUUGA